AUGAACAAUUUUACACUGAAAUUUUUCAAUCCAGAACUUGAACUUCAGUAUCAAAAUGAAAAAAUAUAAAAAAUAAGAAAGAGAGUAUUCUAUCUGUUUAUGGCUUUGGGAUUGAUUUUAAAUAUAACAAAAGUAAUUCUGGAUAUUAUAGAAAUCAAGCCAUUCACUUAAUAUAUUAAUUAUAUAUUAGUAGGUUUGAUUAGUAUACUAGUUCCUAUUAGUAUAAAAUGGCCUCUUUAUAUUAGAUACACUCUUAUGGUGGCUAAUAUUUCAACAGCAUUAUUAUAAUUGAAUUUUACUGAAAGUACAAAAGCAUAAAUGUACUAUAAUUAUGGAAGUAAUUUUACUUAAUUCUAAACAUGUGCUUAUUUUGUUUCUGAUUUUAUUGAUAGCGUUGUUCAAGUAAUUUGCCAUACCAUAAUAAAAACAUCAAUUACAAUAUAUGAAACAAGAAAUAUAGAUCCAUAGGAUAUUUUGAUGAGUGUAGGAGCAGCAAUAAUUAUUUCGAUUGUUAUUUAUAUAUGUGAUUCUAAUUCUCGAAAAGAAUUUUUGUAAAAUAUUUGUGAAAAUAUAUGGGAUUAGUAAUUACCUGAGAUAAUUAAGAAACCAUAUUUCUAAGUAUCAUACAAUAAAGCUUUGUUAUAAUUUAAUGUAUUAAGUUGGAAUGAUAUCGAUUUAUUUCCAUCUUAUUGUGAUUAAAUGUGUUAAGGAUGUAAUGUAAGAAAUUUUCUCAGAUUAUUCAAAUGUGAUGAAAAAGACUUAGGAUAAAUGUUAUAACAAGUCACUACAGGAACAAUUUAAAUACAUUAUGGAAAAUAAAAAUUUAAAAUAAGAAUCAUAAAUAUUGGUGUUGAUUAUACUAAUAAAAUUAUUAUUUUAGAUGACACACUUACACAAAAUUCAAAUCAUACACUAAUGAUUUCAAUUAAAAAGACAAUGAGUUUGUAUUUGAAAUAAUCAUCAAAUAAAUCUUAUUAAACUUUUUUUAAUUGGGGAAUGAUGUCUCUAGUUUUAAUUAAUGAUUUUACUAUUCAGGAAAUAUAACUUUGUAAAUUAAUUAAAAAAUUAAAUGCAAUUUUCCAAAAAUAGAAACUAUUUGAUUUCUUUCUCAGAGGAGAUUAAAAUAUUGUAUUCAAAGGCUACAUCAACUUAAUCCGAAUUUAUUUGAUUCAAGUUUAUUUGAUUCUUAUUUAAGUAUAUGACCAUCAAGAAAAAAAAAAAAAGCGUAAAUGUGAACACAAACCAAUACCAAUAUUCAUAUCUAUUUAUAAAGAAAUUGAUAAAAUAUGCAUUUAAUUGCCUCCAACAACAAACUAUUUGUUAUUUAUUUGCAAAUAUACUAAAAAUAUCUUUAUCACUUAGAUUGAAUCAACAAUUUUGGCAGCUCCAUUAUCUAAUGAUUUGAAAAUCUAUUUGAAUACUUGUGUACCAUUUAAAAUAAUUGAUUGA